AAAGUGGAGCGGCAGGGUUGGUUGCUGGAAUGUUUGUAUUUGAGCGCAGACGUCGGUUAUAUUAACAUGUUGCGAAAAAAAGGUAACAUUUCGUUACUAGUUAGUUUUUUUUAAUGGUUUAUUAAAGGGUUUAUUACAUAGAAAGUUAUAGCAAAAGUCUUCCAUUUUAAAUCGGAAAGAAGACAACGACCAGAUCAGAAUGAACAUUUCAAAUGAGAACAGGAACGUUCUCUCGUCUGUGUUACCAGGGAAGAAACCUUCGAAUUCACAAAUAGUCUCGUCGAAAAUAAAAUCCAAGAUUCUCAACACAUCCUCCUUCUUCAAAGUCUCCCUGAAGACUAACAACAAGGCUCUGGCUCUGGCUUUGGUGGCUCAGAAGGAGAGAAGCAGACAGCUUGAAGUGGAAACUGUGCAACUACGGAAACAAGUGGAGUCUUUGUGUUUUGACCUAGCUAUUCGCAGACACAAGGACAACCAGCUGAUUCUCAUCUUAAAAGAGCUCCAACGCAACACCUUGGGUCACUUGGAGAGGGCUGUGGACCUAUUUUCUGAUGAAAAUGAUGACAGUGAAAUAUAUGAAGAAGGCAAUAAGCAACCCCCCAAUAAGGAUGAACGUAAUCAUGUUGAGAGGGUGCAGGUUCAGAUUCCUCUUGUUACAGAAAAGCAGUCCAAGAAUUUGUCCCCUGCAAAACGGACGAGCAGCAGCACGAGCCAGGAGGCUGUUGUAAAUGACAGAAACAACACAUCCACAAAUCCCUCCCAAGUUCCUCCAGUGUCCUAUGCCAGUAAAGACCCCAUGAAUGAAUUGGAACAGCGGGUGGACAACAAAUUAAAAUCGACCCAGAAACGAACAUCCCGGCGGUCGAGUAGCCUAAAGGAUGAUGUGGAAAAUUGGUCUAGAUUUGAUGUCACUGGAGUUGACCCUAUCGCAGGAGUCUUGACCUCUGUCUCCACAACUAGUAAUCAACUGUCCUCCGGUACCAGUGAAGUUGCAGAUCAUCCGAACAGCUUAAAAGUGAAGACUGCGUUGGAGCCUCCCAAGAAGAACACCACUGAAGAAGCAGAGGAGACCACCAAUGGCACAGCGAUGGAAAUCACUAUUGGGGACAGCACUGCUGAAAUUGUCACCGUGGAGACCAAGCCCAAGAAUACUGGCAGAACAAAGAAACCAAAAGAGUCAAAGACAAAGAUCCCAUGUCUAUUAACAAAUGUUGGAAAAGUGAGCUGUGGGUCAGCACGCGUUAGUGAUAAACCAAAGGUGAAGAGCAUGUCAGUAAAUGUGGAUUCGCUACUGGAGGUACAGAAAGUGUCUUCUGCAGCGCUGUGGUACACCGAUAACCCUACAGCGGAGGGGGUUGAUGUACAACACAGAGAAGAGGACUUUGUAGAGAACUCAACCAAAGAGACAGACUUCUUCAACGCCCGCAGGAAAACCCACGUCACGGCUCGCGUAACCAAACACAUAAAACCUAGUCGGGACGCUCAUAAAACAACACAAGACGAUCCAAAACAGUUUGACCCAAGGAAAACGUAUACAUUCUCUCUACAAACGGAGUCCCAUAGUAGUGUGUCACAUGAUCACAACAAAGAUGACUAUUUUGAUGACCCAGAAACUCUGAACUCAGCAUUUAAACUAGACAGGACAAACCUAUUGGUUGUAGAUACUAUUGAGGACAAAAGUAGCAACACUAAAAGUCUAAAAAGGAAAACCUUUGUGAUUUCAAAUGAGACUUCAUCUAAAGGAAGUAGGAACACAUCUAAAGGAAGUAGGAAGACUAAAGCACAGCCCAUGGACCAUGAGUUAGACAUUGAGGCAGAAGAUGAUGCAUUCAUUAGAGAGGAGUCCUAUUCUCACAAAGGGGGCACAGACUAUGUAGAUAUGGAUACUACCCUGUCUGUGUCGGGACACACACACCGCUCUUCCAGAACCACCAGACGUAAGUCAACUACACAGAGCAUUAAGCAACCUACGAACUCCAGUUCUGCAGUGAAAUGUAGAGGGACAUUUGUGGUCUCAGUAAACCGGGACAGCUCCUCGUUAAACAAGACGAUAUCAGAUGAUGGUUUUUCAGAAAAGCAGGCAUGCCCUACAGAUGAUUACACUGUGGCUGAAAAUGAAACUACAGUGGUCAGGCGUAUGACUGGACAAUACAAGGACCACUGUAGAGCUUCUCAAGCUAAACAUUCUGUGGUUGAAGAAACUCCUGCUGCCUCUAAACGUCCAUGGUUGGCUACACAGGAACCAGAUGAAAAUGUAGCGGUCCUGGAAAGCUUAUUAGUUGAGGAAAUGCCCCCAUGGGCCCUAGAUGACCACUUCUCAAUUGCUGCAGGACAAAAGCCCAAGAAAGCCAGGAGAGAGGUAAGUGUCAAAUUGAAGAAGAAAAAGGAUGCCAAGAAGGAUGACUCCAGUGGCGCUGUGAAGGGGAGGAAGAUGAGACGUUGCAGCACUAAGGUAUCACCAUUUCCGGAUGGAGGUUCUUUGUCCGUUGUGUCUUUAGAUAAUCAGGAUAGGACAUAUACAGCCGUUGCAGCACAAAACACAAAAGCACAGCCGCUUUCGCAGAUACAAGUCUUGCAUUAUAACACGCACUCUGCCACUGAGGAUGUUACUGAAGCUUGUGAGCAUUUGUCUUCACCUGAAACCAGGAGUUCGGACUUAAAAGUCAGCAUCUUCAAGCCUCGAUCCAACCAGGUCCUUAACACCCUUAGACGAGACACAUUUAUCCUACCUAUUAGUCUGAAUGAAUCUAGCAUAAACAGGAAGACCUUCGUUAACUCUGACUGCAUUUCCCGGGAUGAAGAUGACACAAACAGCAGAGCAUCUAAAGUAUCAGUUGCUGAGAUCCACACAGAGAUUCCUGAUCAUCGUAACGUAGAGACUGUUCAUGAAAGCUUGAGAGAGCUGCUCAUGGACGAAAUGCCUCCAUGGGAGUCCUCCAUUGAAGUUUGCUGUUUCAAACCGACUGGAUUUGACACUUCAGACUCCAACCCUAGAAGGGUUACUUCUGCUCGCAAGGUUGCUGUAUUUGAAGAGCAGUCUGAGGUUACGACUGAAAUAUCUCCAGCAGAUACAGCCCUUAAGCCACUGACCAAUACCAACUGGACUGAUAAUGAAGACACUGGACGAACCAGGCGAAGGGGGGCCACUGUUAGCUACAAAGAGCCACCCAUCAACUGUAAAAUGAGACGUGGAGAUAAGUUUUCAGACACCAGGUUCCUGAGUUCUCCCAUUUACAAAGACAAGAUCAAGAAGAAACGGCAAAACACCAGACAAAAACAUGACCAUUUGAAGAGUCAAAAUGUGCUUUAAAUUUCUAUGUUGUGUUUGAUUUUAUUAAUUCUUAAGGAUUUGUUCUAUACUUAAUUUUACCCAUGUUUUAAAAUUAUUAAUAAAGUAAUUUUUUUCCCCCAAUUGUUAUUAAAGCCUUUCAGGAUUAACCUGAACCUGGGUAGUUAUAGUUGCACAAGAACAUUUGAAUUACUUUCUAUGGUAUGCAAUAUAUCAUUGUGUGACGGACUGAACCAACCUGUUAAGGCAGGGUUGUAUCAUGUUACGGUUAAGUGCUGCCCAAUGCAUCUGUCCUUAUGUUUCCAAGAUAAUCUGGACUUGUAUUGUAUUGUAAGUGUGAUUGACUGGAGGCCAUGUUUGAAUUAUUCAAGCUGUUCACCUGAGAGCUCUUUGGUUGUUGGCUCCACUCUAGCUCUCCUGAAAACCGCCUUGCUUCAGGCAGAAGUCUCAUGAAAGUAUUCCAUUUACUGAGUUAAUCUAAAUAAAAGGCUUUUGUGAUCUUGUU